AAUUCGAGUUCGUUUUCUUCACAUUGUGUUGAGCUUUGCACAGCUGUCUCAGCUUCCAAAUACUUUUGGUGAAGGAGAACCCAGACUCUCUAGAAGACAUGGAUCUCAACGGAACAUGGCAGGUGUACUCCCAGGAAAACUACGAAGAGUUCCUCCGAGCCAUGGAACUCCCAGAAGAUGUCAUCAAGAUGGCCAAAGACAUCAAACCGAUUACUGAGAUUAAGCAGACGGGCAAUGACUUUGUCAUCACCUCCAAGACGCCUGGAAAGACUGUGACAAACUCCUUCACCAUCGGGAAAGAAGCUGAAAUUACCACCAUGGAUGGCAAGAAGCUAAAGUGCGUUGUCAAUAUAGAGGGAGGAAAACUGGUCUGCAAAACUGGCAAAUUCAACCACACACAAGAGCUCAAAGGAGGAGAGAUGAUUGAGACUCUGACUGUGGGCUCAACGACUCUUGUCAGGAAGAGCAGAAAGAUUUAAACCUGACAGUGACAAAGAUACAAUGUCUAUUUAAAUAAAGAAAAAGUGUGCGUAA